AUGCGCAUUGCGAGCUUCUUUUCAAUCGCUGCUGCGUUUACAACCACUUUCGCGCAGCUCAGUAGUAAUCUGACGUUGAUCACUGAGGAUUUCGGCGAAAAUCCGACAAAUGUUCCUUUCUAUCUCUACGUUCCUAAAACAAUCCAAAGGCACCCCGCAAUUGUAUUAGGCGUUCAUUGGUGUACAGGAACUGGUCCUGUCUUUUUUGAGAACACUGAAUAUGCAAAAUACGCCGACCAAUUCGGAUAUAUUGUAAUUUAUCCAUCCGCACCUCGAGAAUCGAAGUGCUGGGAUGUCGCAAGCAAUGCAACUUUAACGCAUAACGGAGGAAGUGAUUCCCUUGCCCUCGCCAAUAUGGUGAAAUGGACGUUGAAGAAAUACCAUGGCGAUCCGAAUCGGGUUUUUGUUACGGGGUUGUCUUCAGGAGGCAUGAUGACACAAGUUUUGGUCGCAACCUAUCCCGAUCUCUUCAAAGCGGGAAGCUCCUAUUGCGGUGUCCCUUAUGGCAAGGGACCCGGUGAAUGGAAUAACGUUUGCUCUGAGGGCCGUCUGAUAAAAGCGCCGAAACAAUGGGGAGAUGAUGUUCGUAAUGCUUAUCCUGGGUACAGAGGUCCACGGCCAAAGCUACAGAUUUGGCAUGGAUCCGAAGAUGUCGGUUUGGCGUAUCAAAACUUUCAUGAAUCCAACAAAAUGUGGUCAAAUGUCUUCAAGAUUGAGUUCAAGAAAAACAAUACAAACACGCCGUUCGCCAAUUAUACACAGAUGGUUUUCGGUGAUGGAACCAAAUAUAUAGCAUACUCUGCGGCUGGCAUCGGCCAUGACAUCAAAAUUACUGCCCUGGAUGUUCUUGCAUGGUUUGGGAUUUACAAACCUAGGCCAACGGCGACUGCGACAACUACUGAGCCGUCUGCUCCAACCCGUACCGCCUUACCCUGGGGCAAAUGUGGUGGAAUGACAUACAAGGUUCGCUUUUCUGAUUCUACAAAGUUUUUUUAUGUGAACACUCAAACUGAAUAA